GUUUUUCUGCCCCGUCGUCGUCGCUGCUAUGUAUGACUAUUGUACCGCAAUAUUUUGCGCGCUUGUUCCCAGUGCUCCUCCUCUUUUCGUCUUUUCUUGGAGUUAUGACCAUACCCUUGACAUUGUGUAACACCGAAGGUCAACGGAAACAACUCGAGCGACGUCUCUCGGAUGCAAUCGUGAAUGUUUAUGCCAAGCGUGUCCAGGGCGUAGGUCAUGCCGACAAUCGCUAUACCAGUCAGGGUAUCGACCGCCGCAAGCUUGAACGCAAGGAGAAGAUCAUCAUAAUUUUUGGUUUCGAACCAGGUCUGGAUUUCCACGCCCAAAGUGGAAAAUGGGAAGUCGAGAAGAUAAUCAAGAGACCUUAUAAGGGAAGUAUUCUCCUAGGAACACUCAGAUUUGAUUCAACCCAAAUCAAGUAUGAUCUCCUAGGCCUAACAAAGGACGGCUAGAUGACAGGGAGUACCCUAGGAUUCCAGUCACUCACCACACCUGUUACUUCUAAUCGAAUUCAUGCAGUCAACGAAGUUAUACUCCGGAAACGGAAUUUGAAGGGAAUAAAGUUUAAGGAAACUACAGUGGGUUAUGACUUAGCACGAAUUUGGGAUGACUUGUACCUGGCAAUGACAAAUCCUGUCAAGUAUAAACAAGACUUUUUAACUUUCUGGGUACCGUUGUUGGUAUAUGGUGUUGAUAGUUGGAAUGUAGAUGGGCUAAUUAGUAAAGAAACAUAGUUCAGCAUUUACAAUGUGAUACAGGGUAUUUGCUUCGCUGAGUCGGGAAAGCAAAGGAUAAAGAUGAGAGAAGUAA